AAUAACACCAUUGUUCUCUUCCCUUCGAUAAAUAUUAAUAAACAAAGAAACAAAAGAAAGUGUUGUUAGGGUUUUGAUAGUAACUCAGUGAGUGUUGAAUCGAAUCGAAUCGAAUCGAAUCCAUGGAAGCCAUAACAGAGGGAGUUAACAACAUCAACAUUAAUAAUAACUCAAACUCCGAUUCGUAUAAGAAGAAUCGCAUUCAAGUUUCUAACACUAAGAAACCCCUCUUCUUCUAUGUUAAUCUCGCCAAGAGAUACAUGCAACAACAUAAUGAGGUCGAACUCUCUGCACUAGGAAUGGCUAUUGCGACAGUGGUAACUGUUGCUGAAAUUUUGAAAAACAACGGUCUUGCUGUUGAAAAGAAAAUCAUGACAUCAACCGUCGACAUAAAGGAUGAUUCUAGAGGUAGACCAGUCCAAAAGGCCAAGAUUGAAAUAGUACUUGGGAAGACAGCAAAUUUCGAUGAGCUGAUGGCAGCUGCAGCUGCUGAAGAUGGUGAAAAUGGAGAUGUUGAAGAACAGACCGCAUGAAAUUAAAGUAAAAAAACUACAUCUGAAUCGUUUGAAGAUAUGUAAUCUUUAAUGAUUUGCAUUUUUGUUGUUGCGAUGUAGAAGACAUGUCAUUUAUAAACCAUCCUGCAAUAUUGAACGACAAAAUUCCUUUGUCUCUUUUCAGUAUAAAAUAGGCUUUUCAUUCUUUCUGGAUUUAAUUUAUUGUUUUCUUCAUUGCGAGAUGAAAUUUCUUAUGUUCCGAACAAUUUGGAUGAACUUGAGCUUUUGUUUCCUUC